AUGGCCACUUCUCAAAUUCUGUGUUUUGUUAUUCAUAUUCUUCUUCUCUUUUCUCUUUCUUUGGAGACCACAGAAACAUCAGAAAGAAGAGAGGGAAGAGCUCUUCUCAAGUGGAAGAACACUUUAUCCAAUAUCCAUGUUCUUCAUUCAUGGUCCAUUGUUAAUCUUGACAACAUUUGUUGGAACUGGACAGGCAUCAACUGCAACAAUGUUGGAGUUGUUUCCGAGAUAACGUUGGACAAUUUCAACCUUUCAGGUACACUCGAAAGCUUUGAUUUUGUUUCGUUUCCUAAUAUCACCAGGUUUAGCCUCGAUAACAACAGCUUCACUGGAUCAAUUCCAAGAGAGAUUGAAUUGUUAACAAACCUUAGGGUCUUGAACCUAGGUGAAAACCAUUUGUAUGGUUCAAUACCUUCAACAAUUGGAAAUCUAACUUCACUUAGUUCUCUCUAUUUGUAUUCCAACAUGUUGCAAGGAAAUAUUCCCGACACACUUUGCAAACUUCAUUCCCUUGAGAAUCUCUAUUUAUCUACAAAUAAUUUGAGUGGUCAGAUUCCUCAGUGUCUGGAAAAUAUAACCUCUUUGAGAUAUUUUUAUCUCUCCGCCAACAUCAUGUUGGAAGGAAAUAUUCUGGGAAUACUUUGCAAACUUUACUUGCUUGAAGGUAUUGAUUUGUCCAAAAAUACUUUGAGUGGUGUGAUUCCUCCAUGUUUGGGAAAUUUAACCUCAUUGAGAUUUCUUUUUCUCAGCAACAACACUUUGCAAGGAAAUAUUUCUAAAACAAUUUGCAAAGUUCACUCUCUUGAGAAUCUCGAUUUAUCUUGGAAUACUUUGAGUGGGUUGGUUCCUCAAUGUCUGGGAGAUAUAACCACACUGAAAUAUCUUUAUCUCUACUCCAAUAUGUUGCAAGGAAAUAUCCCGGAAACACUCUGCAAACUCUAUGUCCUUCAAGGCCUUAAUUUAUCUAACAAUACUUUGAGUGGAUUGAUUCCUCAGUGUCUAGGAAAUUUAACCUCAUUGGGAUAUCUUUCUCUUUCCUCCAAUAAGUUGCAAGGAAAUAUUCCUAAAACACUUUGCAAAUUUCGCUCCCUUUGGAAUUUGGAUUUAUCUAGCAACUGUUUGAGUGGCAUGGUUCCUCAAUGCCUGGGAAAUGUAACCUCUCUCAAAUUUCUUUAUCUCAAGUCCAACAUGCAGUUGCAUGAAAAUAUUCCGGGAGCACUUUGCAAACUUCAUUCACUUCAGAAUCUUGAUUUAUCUAACAAUAUUUUGGGUGGUCCUAUUCCUCAAUGUCUAGGGAAUGUAACAUCAUUGAGAUAUCUUUAUCUCCAAUCCAAAAUGUUGCAAGAAAAUAUUCCUAGAUCGCUAUGCAACCUCCAUUCCCUCGAGGGUCUUAAUUUAGCAAACAAUAUGUUGGAAGUCACUCGAAGUGAUACUUUUAUCCAACAACAAUUUGGAUAG